UCAUUUACUUAGAUAUGGCAUGUUAUUUAACCAAUAUAUAGUUGAUCAGUAUGCCAAAAUCGAAUCUGAGCGUUUGGCGUUUAUAAGACACAAUCAAAAGACAUUACGUGCAGAAAGUUAUAUUCAUCUACAGGACGCAUUGCGCUCAAAUGAACAAAGCAAUAACAUUGGACAAUUAGUUAUAUUGCCAUCAAGUUUUACGGGGGGACCGAGGUAUCUUCAUGAAAAAACACAGGAUGCAAUGACUUACGUAAAAAAUUAUGGUAAACCAGAUUUAUUCAUCACGAUGACAUGUAAUCCACACUGGCCCGAGAUCUUAAAUAAUAUCCAUACUAAUUCAAAACCUCAAGAUAGAUACGACAUAGUAAAUCGAUUUUUUCAUUUAAAGGUGCAAAAGCUGUUAACUCUCAUUAAUAAACAUAAUAUAUUUGGCCCUUCACGGUGUUAUAUGUAUACGGUUGAAUGGCAAAAGCGUGGGUUACCACAUAUACACCUUCUUCUUUGGCUUACAAACAAAAUCCAACCGGACCAAAUUGACAGUGUAAUUACAGCUGAAAUACCAAAUAAAGAAGAAGAUCAAGAACUGUAUGAUAUUGUUGUAAAGCACAUGAUUCAUGGACCAUGUGGGGCUUUUAACCAUAACUCACCAUGCAUGGUUGAGGGGAAAUGUUCUAAGAAAUUCCCAAAACAAUUUCAGAGAAAUACCUCUUCUGGUGACGAUGGCUAUCCAAAGUAUAGAAGAUUAUCACCCGAAGAAGGUGGAAAAAUAUGUACUAUUCCAAAUCAUGAAAUUGACAAUAGAUGGAUUGUACCCUACAACAAACUUUUGCUUAAAGCAGCGACCAAGCUACGUUUAGCGUGCAGUCGACAGAUGAAGUGGACCAAUAUCAGUCUGGUCGCUACAUUUGUAGCUCAGAAGCAAUUUGGCGGAUUUUAUCAUUUAGUAUACACGAGAGAGCACUAACUGUUAUCCAUCUCGCAGUUCACUUAGAAAAUGGUCAAAGGGUGUAUUUUUCAGAAAGUAAUGUAAGUGAUGUUGUUGAUACUCCGCGAGAUACGACACUAACAGAACAGCGUUUUUUAAAUUAUGCACAGAAGAUGAAUUUGCUAAAAUGUUGACUAAUGAUAAAAUUCCAAGUUACUAUACAUGGAAUCAGGUUGGUAAAAAGUUUAAUCGGCGUAAACAAGGAACUGUGGUGGAAGGGCACCCUGGCGUCAAAAAACCGAUGCUCUGGGCAGAGUAUAUACAAUCCAUCCUAACAAUACCGAGUGUUUUCACUUGAGGAUGCUGCUCCAUAUAGUUAAAGGUUCAACUUCUUUUCAAAGUCUUCGCACAGUGAAAAAUGUCAUUUAUGACACUUUUCAAGGUGCAUGCAAAGCGUUGGGUUUAUUGGAUGACGAGUCUCAUUGGGAAAACACGCUAUCAGAACCGGUUGUACACCUAAAUAUAUGUUGUACACCUAAAUCACUAAGAUGUUUAUUUGCUAUCAUGCUAACUUUUUGUCGAAUUACUGAUCCUUUGAAGCUUUGGCAAAAUUAUCGUGAAAGUAUGGCAGACGAUAUACUGCAUCGAAAACGACAGGAAUUGUCAUCAAAUGAUAUUAGUUUUGACCAAAUUAUAUUUGAUGAAGCUUUAUUUGAAUUAAACAAAGAAGUGGAAGUUUUAUCGGGGAAAUCUAUAGAACAUUUUGUUUUCCCUUACCGAUAAACAUAAAUAGAACAACAAUUAAUAUUGAGUGUUGUCGUAUACGCCGAUUACUCGGACGUAUACCAAAAUAAAGUUAAACACAAAAUAACGCAAAUGAAGAACUUUAUUUAAACACGACGUCCGGUGGUGAUCGAGUCACACGAUCACCACCACUGACUACCUUGCUGUCUUAGCCAUCUCACUUAUAUGUUACACUUACAAUCGAAUUACUUAUCGAUUGUUCUACAUUUUUCUAUUACUACGUUAAAUUUACAAUUAUAGAUACUAUGAUUAUUGUGUAAUUGUUAUUUUAACCCGAUUAGUAAAUUAUUAAACAAAUUUAUUUACAUUCCUUAUUAUUAUAUCUUGCUUACUAUGCUAACUGUAAUAUAAAGUUUACUGGCACCGAA